AUGGCUCCUCCGACGAACCGCCAGGAAAUCUUGGACCAGCUCCGCAGCCAGGUCGCCAAGGGUCAAGCCAUCGUUGGAGCUGGGGCAGGGAUUGGGCUCUCAGCAAAAUUCGUCGAGGAAGGGGGAGGAGACCUGGUCAUCAUAUACAACAGCGGCCGAUUUCGAAUGGCAGGCCGGGGGUCGCUGGCAGGCCUGAUGCCGUAUGGCAACGCAAAUGAUGUGGCGAAUGAGGUUCUACCGGUGGUAAAGCAUACGCCAGUCAUCGCUGGUGUCUGUGGUACUGAUCCAUUCCGGAACAUGCCUGCGUUCCUCAAGCAGCUCAAGGACUUGGGCUUCGCCGGUGUGCAGAACUUCCCGACCGUGGGAUUGAUAGAUGGCCAGUUCCGGGCCAACCUCGAGGAGACGGGCAUGUCAUAUGAUCAGGAGGUUGACGUGAUCCGCUUGGCCCGUGAGAUGGAUAUGUUGACCACGCCAUAUGUCUUCAACGUCGAGGAGAGCAAGAAAAUGGCAGAGGCGGGAGCGGAUGUUCUUGUGGCCCACAUGGGACUCACUUCGUCCGGAAGCAUAGGGGCGAGCAGCGGCAAGACCCUCGACGAGUGUGUCAAGCUGAUCCAGGAGAUCCAAGAAGCUGCUGUGAAGAUCAAGCCGGACGUGAUAGUGCUGUGCCAUGGUGGGCCGAUCGCUGCUCCCGACGAUGCCAAGUACGUGCUGGAGAGGGUGAAAGGAGUGCAUGGAUUCUACGGAGCGUCAUCCAUGGAAAGGUUGCCAGUUGAGGAGGCCAUCACCAACAUCACCAAGAGCUUCAAGGGUCUCAAACCCAGCUCAUGA